AUGAAGUCUUCCGUUGCCUUCCCUUUUCUUGCUAUCCUUGCCGCUCAAGGCGCCUCGGCAGCAUGUGUUGAUGGCCACCGUGAGACUAUUGCCCCAGGCUACGAAGUCGAAUACAAAUGCGGAAUUUACCGCAGCGGCGAUGUCCAUAAUAAUAUCAAAUCGGAGCGUGACUGUGCGCUCCUUGCUCAACAAGCUGGUCGACCUAUCUCCAGCUAUCACCCGGGCACCAAACGCUGUAUUGUUGGUGCGGAAGAUGGCAAGGAGGGCAAGAACCCUAGUGUCACCUAUAUGGUCAAAGUGGAAGACCCCUUUGCUGAGGAAGAGGAGGAAGAAGACGACCCUUUUGCAGACUGCGAGACGCAGAAGGAUUCUUUGCUUAAGAAGCUGCAAUCCACGCAGGCCCAGCUUGACAAGUGCAAUGCAGACGCCCUGGCCUCCUCGUCAGGUGGUGGCUCAUGCAACAUCCGAAAAAGCGGCAAAAACCAUUACAGACAAAUCGGCGGGCCCCUCCGCAAUUGUAGGGACAAGUGCUUGGCAGAUUCCAAGUGUAUGUCAUACGACUACUACCCGUGCAAUUCCAUCUGUCGCCACUUCGACAAGCCUGUGGAACAAGUAGAGUCUACCGAUCAUGAAUCGCAUAUUUUCAAUGACAGAGAUUGCCAGCUUUGA